AUGGUAGGUCUCAGAAGUCAGAAACAUCAACUUUUGGGAGUCAUAAGGGAAAUGAGAAGUAUGACAAGAGAGUGGUUCAAUGUUACUGUUGUAAUAGAAUCAGAAGAUGAGCCAGAAUAUGAAGGUUCUGAAGAUGAGUCGGAAUCUGAAGGUUAUGAAGAAGAGUUAGAUUCUGAGGGUUUUAAAGUUGAAGUUGAGUUAGAAGAUGGCUCUGAAGUUAAAGGAGAAGUUGCCUUUGAAGAGGAUUCUACCUCUGAAGGUGAGUCAAAAUCAGAAAAUAAAUCUGAAGGUGACUCUAAAGAUGAAGAUGACUCUAAAGGCGAGUCUGACUCAAAAGGCGAGUCUGACUCUGAAGGUAAAUCUGAUUCUAAUCCAGAAUCUGGAGACAAGUCAGAGCCUGAAAAUGAUUCUGAGAGUGAGUCAAAAUCAGAAGAUGAAAUUGAUUUCGAGGAAAAAUCUGAUUCUGAUCCAAAUUCUAAUGGUGAUUUAGAUUUUAGUGGUAGUACAGAUUCUGAGAACAUUCCAGAUUCUGAAGGUGAUCAUGCUUAUGAAGUCGGUACUUCUGGAGUUCCGGCUUCUGAUACUGUUCCAGAAUCAGAAGUUGUUGUCACACCUGCUGAUACAAAUCAGAAAUUGGAUUCUUAUUUUGACGGUGAUGAUGUAGACGCAACAACGUUCAAGCAGUUGGCAGGGUCUUUGAGGUAUUUAUGUAAUACCAAAUCUGAUAUUUGCUAUGCAGUUGGAAUGGAUUUGAAGAUCAAAGUAAACAAGCCUCUAAAGCUGAUGGUUGAUAAUACGCCUGCAAUCAAUCUUGUCAAGAACCCAGUGUUGCAUGGGAGAAGCAAACAUAUUGAGACUAAGUAUCACUUUUUGAGAAAUCAGGUUCAGAAUGGAGUGCUAAAAGUUAUGCACUAUAGCACUAGAAGAAGCUGA